AUGUCAUCUUCUCACAGCGAUGCUGAACUAUCGAAAAGAAGUAACAGUUACACUAGUGAUAAUAAUUCAGCCGUAGAACUACUGUCAGUGGAUAACCCAACAAAUCAAAAUCGUCAAAUUGAUUUCACAUCUAAUUAUGGUGUUCGACCGAUUAAAGUCGAACCGUGUACCAAAGAAUUUUUCUCCAUGCACAAAAAUGAAGCUUAUCCAAUGUAUAAAAUGCCAAGAGGACAGUGUUUAAUUAUUAAUGUGUAUCAGAUCAAUGGAACGGCAAGACGAUGGUCGAAUUUAGAUACGGCUUUACUCAAUGAAUUAUUUAAACAACUAUUUUUUGAAAUAACCAUCUAUACGGAUCUUAAAGGACACGAUUUAAGAGCAAAAAAUUUUAUGGAAAUUUUACGACAAUUUGCCCAAUCAUCUAAACAUAUUAAUUCGCAAUGUUGUGUAUUGUGUUUAAUGAGUCAUGGUGAAGAAGGAUCUUUAACGGCUCAAGACGGAGGAAAAAUUUAUCUCGAGAAAAUUUUUGAUUUAUUCAGUAAUGUUAAUUGUCCAAAUUUAGCAGGAAAACCAAAAUUAUUCUUUAUUCAAUGUUGCAGAGAUGAUCCUGUGUUAGGUCCAGUUGAUGAUCCUGGCUGUCACAUUGAUUUAGAACAAACUACCUUCAAUGAUGUUAGUGAUUAUACAAUUGAAUGCGUUGAAGAAGAUGAAUGCGACAGUAUGAAUCAUUUGCCAACAAGAUCAGAUAUGUUAAUUGGAUUUCCAUCUCAAAAAGGUUAUACGGCAUUUCGAAAGCCUAAUGUUGGAAGUUGGUACAUGAAUGCAUUAGUCGAUAUAUUUUCAAAACAUUCCAAAGAUACCGAUUUAUGUUCAAUGAUGAAUAUGAUAAAUGGUUGUGUUUCACGAGAAGUGACAAAUAAAGGAAAAAAACAAACAGCUGAAUUCAAGUCAUUAUUAACAAAAAAAGCACUCUACCUUUUUCCAGGAAUGAUUGGUAGACAAGUUGAACCACGAAAACGUAGUACAGAGACCAAACGACGUUAUAUUUUUGAUUAUGGCAUUACAACAACGAAUUCAAUAUCUCCUCGUGUGCUUAUAAUGCCAAAUGGUGUAUUAGAUUUAUCAAUGAAAUCUCUAUCAUCAUCAACAAAUUCAAUUUUUCAUUCUCAAACAAAUUCUGAAUCAUUAUAUUAUUGUAUAGAAGAUACACGAUCAAAAUCAUCAUUGAAACAAUCUCGUUCAUUGAUCACAGUGACUGAUUCUCUAUCAUCAACAUCAAAAAGAACAAAACAGAUAUGUUUAUCAAAUAAUCAUCAUCAUCAGAGUGAUUGUUCAAUUAUGAUUGACAAUGAAAAUAUAAAUUUCAAUCUGAUCAAAACCUAUCUCAUUGAAAAUAUUACCGAUAAAUGGAAACUAAUUGCCAGAGAAAUGAAAAUAAAAGAUAUACAAAUAGAUGAAAUUAAUAAACAAUCAAUUAGUCAAAAAGAAAAAUUUCGAAUUAUUUUGGAUUAUUUAGAGGAGAAAUAUGACGAUAAUACUUCACUACUCAUUGAUGAUAUUCUCAAAAGUUUAAAACGUUUACAACGAAUAUUAUUUUAUAAACGAGAGUGUUUAUUAUAUGAACGAUUUGUUAUAAUACAUCCAGAAGCAAAAAAUUUGAUACGAUAUGCACAAUUUGAAAAACAAAAUGGUUAUAUUAAAUCGGCAAGAAAAAUCGAAGAUAUUAUUACGAGUAAAAAAAAUUCCAAUGUGAAGAACUAUAGUUUAAAUACUACUAUUACAAUUAUUUACCCUUUUAUGCCAAAACGUCAGACUAAUAAUACAUCAAGUAAUCAACGAAAUGCUGAUAAAUCAUCGUCUGAUAACGAUGACGUUAUACCCAUACCUGUGCAGAUAUUUUUAUGGAAUCAGAGCAACCCAUUCAUUAAACAGAAGUUUGGUAACUUAACAGAUGCAUCGGCCAUUAGUUUUGAACGUGUAUUAGUUGAAAAUGUUCUUCAUGGUUUAUCGCCAAGUCUAUCCGAUGCCAUAACAAGUAUUCAACGAUGGUUACUAAUUAAAGCGGCAUUUCCACAUGUGAUGCAUGCAUGUGCUGCAUCCAUCGAACAUAGCCUUCACACUCAACAACAACAAACAGCACUUUUAUCCUCAUCUCUGUCUGUUUCACCCUCAUCAUCAAGUCAACUUCAAGUACCAUUACAAUUUCAAACAUCUCAAUUGACAGCCGGUACACCGACUCUUCCCUUUUCUCCCUCAUUACCAACACCCUCAUUAGCUGAAUUACCAAUACCUCUUGUACAAGCUCAAGCUCAACCAUUGCCAUUAUUUCGUUUAUCUUCGUCACCACCACCGUCUAUCUCAACCAGUCAAAAUAGCCAUAGUCAUCGCUUAGGCAAGACAGAAAUUCGUCUCUUACACACCUUACAUUGGAUGAUAUUAGAUGCAUUCAGUGUAUGUAAAACUCCUGACUAUUCGGACGAAGAUAGUACAAGUUACUUAUUGCCAUUGAGCACAAUUCAGUUGUUUAUUUAUUUAUUUAUACCCUAUGUUCACACGUACAUGCAGUAUAACGAAAAAGAAUUUUUGAAAAAUGCUGAUUUGUCGGAUGGUAUGAGGUUACUGUGGCAACCACUUCUCGAAUAUCGCCAACCAAAUAUUCGAAUGUUUAAAGCAUACGUUAAACCGAUACUGAAAUAUGGAAAUUGUACAAAUAAUGGGUUUAUCAGUUACGAUAAGGGACAUUCAAAUAAUGUUACAUUUUUCAUCAAAAAUAAUCCAAAAAGUCGUUUAUCUUUCUUUAUCGAGUCGCCCACACCAAUAGCAACAUCAAACGCCAUUGAAGAAGAACAAGAGGAAGACGAAAAUGAUAAUGAUCAUGAAAAAGAACAUCGUAUGCCACCGACGCGUUCAUUUUCAAUGAUUCCAUUGAACAUCAAAAGUGACUCACAACAGAAACCCCUAACGGAUCUAACAAAUUAUCCAUCUGCACCCCCACCACCUCCGCCACUACCAUUGAUUGUUAGCGACGGAAGUAGUACAAGUUUAUAUCAACAGCCACCAGUAGCAACCAUACUGCAACAACAAGUAGGAAACAAAACUUCAUCAUCAUCAGUUAUGAUGGAUUCAGAUACAACAACAACGAACAGUUCAAUUAAUAAUUUAGCUUAUAUCUCACAGCAGCCACCUUAUCAUCGUGCGCCACUGGCUCAUAUGAGUUCGAUUUGUUCCAUAUCAGACUCAAGUAGACUAACAAUAUCGCCUCAAAGUCCAGGUACUGAUAAAUUUGUUCUAUUAUCAUUGCCAUCUCCCUCAUCUACCUCAUCGACUUCAACACCACCAUUUGUAUGCGUUCAAUGUCACCAAUCGUUCAAUACAGCAACAAAUGGAAAAGAUUCACCUUAUCUUUGUUUGAAUUGUAUAACACAACAGCAACAACAGCAACAACAACAACAACAACAACCGCUUCCAUCCACUGUUUCUUCCACUUUGUCUCAUCCACCUUUGUCGAGUCAAAAAUCAAAGCAGUCAGACGAUGUACAAAAGUCAUCAAUGAGAAAAGAAUCGUUGGUAGCAACUACAAAGAAAAAAGCUCAUUAUACAUCUGAAAUGGUGUUAUUAGCCACUUAUUUUGAUAUUAGUAUCUUGCGUACACUAUUUAGUCCAUCGUGGUUAACAGAUGGUUAUCUAUGGUGUUUAGAAUACUUACACAAGCGUAUCAUCGAUAUAAGUGAUGAAAUAUUAUCUGAUACAACACUUUCAAUUUUACGUAUUAAAAGUUUAUCGAUACCACAAAUUAAUAUUAAAGAUGAACAAGACUAUUAUGAUUAUAUGAAAAAUCAAUAUUUUAAUGAGCAAGUAACAAAUGAUAUUAUUGAACAACAAUGUAUGAUGACAACCAUUCCAAAUACAACAAUGUCAGCAAUAAAACAAACCCAAACAUUGUUAAAUGUGCCAUUUAAACACUUUGGAAAAUACAAACAUAAUCAAAAAUAUGAUAAUUUUUAUAAAAAAAUAAGUAAAAUUCGUUAUAUUGAUGAGGAAGGUGCAGAACAUUUUGAUCAUGAAAAACGUGAUAAAGAUGGUGGUAUUCAUCCUCAACAUCCAAGACGAUUAUUAUUGAGUGAAAAAUGCGUAAAAUCCAUGCCCAUCAUUGAUUCAAAAGAGCGUUCAUCAAUACCCAAGCCUGCUCAUGAUAAAAGUGAAACAUCAUUGAAAUCAUCAUCAAAUAUCACACUUCCAGUAACAACUCCACCAAUCACAGUUGAUAAUAAACAGAAAAUUGAUAAACAACUGAGUGUAAGUGAUACAGAUAUCAAUUAUAAAUUUCUUGAAGAGAUUGAAGAAGCUCAAGGUUCAAGUGCCUAUAUUAAUCGAGAUGGUACAAUUAAUUUUGGUGUUGUACUAGCGGGAAUACAUGCAGUUAUAUGUAAAGAACAUCAUUUAAAAGUAUGUGAAUUAGUCAUGAAUAUAUUAGAUGUUCUGCUGGGAUUAGCUGUUAUUGCAUCGUCUGAUGACGAUGUACACAAACGAGAACUGUUGGUUGGAAAAGUGAAAUUAUCGAACACAAAUGGCAGUGACGAUACAAACAAUCAACAAAAACAAGGUAGAGAAAAAGGAGUAGGAGGAAAUCGAACGGAAGAAUGGAUGAAAGCAAUGGAUGCAAAAGAAGAUGAUAAAUUUCAAUUAGCUGUUGAUAUUACACUACGCAUAAUAAAACGUCUUGGAUGCCCUCAUUGUCAACCCCGUGCAAGAAGUUUUACCUCAGAUCAAUUGCGCGGUAAAGUUCGUCUGUCAUUGAAUAAACUACGAACACUUAAUCAACGACGUUUUGAAAAAUAUUUUCUUGAUUUAACAAUACACGGUGAUCUUGUUCAUAUUCUUGAUAUUUUUCAUGCCUUAUGUGGUUAUUGUUCUGAAUCAUCAAUUGGCCUUGCUCAUUAUGCGCCUUACAUUCCAAUAAAAAAUGAUUUGUAUUCUUAUCAGACAUAUUCAAAUAAUUUUGGUAAUACUCAUUUGGGUUAUGGCCCAAAAGGUGUUGAAGGUUUUAUAUUAGGUGUUAUUUUUAAACCAUUUGUUACACGCCUUAUCAUGAUGAAAGAAUAUUUAAUGAGUUCAGAAAAUGUAGCUUUGUAUGGGGAGUGUCGAGCAUUUUUAACAUGUGUCAAAGAAAACCAUGGUGGAAUAUUUCGAUUAGUGGCAUUUUCAUCAUUAUUAGAUUCAGCUAAAAAAAUAAAACGAGAAACAGAAUUAUCAACAAGACAACAAACAAAUCGAUCAUCAACAAAUAUUCGACAUCCUGUAUUAAAUAGACAAGAUGCUGUUGUUGGAAAAUCUGUUUUGAAUCGUGAUUUAUCUGAUGAAAUUGAUAUAGACAAAAAUAUUGAUCCGAUUAAAACACGUACAAGUAGUAGUGCUCAAAUACAUACAUUGCCUGAUGAGAAUAACACUACUGUUGGCGGAGUUGGAAUAGUACCAUCUUCGAGCAUCAAAUUUAAAAAUCGACUUCGGGCAUCAUCCAGUGAUGAGCAUACAUUAUAUACACAUCCUGAGGAAGGUUUAUACGUUGAUUUAACUUUAAUACGUUUUGGUUUACUUCGUCUUAAUUUCAUGAUGGAAAGUUGUCCACCUGGUUCAUUACCCGAUCCACAAUUCUUAAAUACUUUGUUGGUAUUGGAAGCACCAGUUAUUGCUAAAGCAUCCUAUUUACUUGAAUGUGCUUAUUUUGUUCGACGUUGUUCAAUUGGUCAAUGGCCAGAAUGGAUGAAAAUUAAUUUAUCAACAUUUCGACCACACGAUUCAUUUCCAAUUAGAAAUGGAAAUAUGAAUUUAAGAAUGAACAAAUUAUAUCAAGCAGCAGCAGCAAGAAUGUUUUAUGUUUGGGGAGAGGCUUUAUCAGCACAAUUAGAAUCUAUUCUUGAUAAUGAACAGCAGAAUUUGUCAACUAAUCGUUCGGUAAACCCAAAUGAAAGUGAAAUAUUAUCCAAUUAUUAUCAACAACAACAAAAUGAUUUACAAGGUUUUUGGAAUUAUGAUGAAACACCUGAUGAUUAUUACAAUGAAGCUAUUAUUAAUCGUUCUGGUCGUUCGUGUUCAUAUUCAUUACGUAUGGUCGCAUGUUUACUUCUACUGGAAAUUACAUCUUUUCUUCGUGAAUCUUAUGAUUCAUUACCAAAACUAUCAUCAGUAUCACAAAAACGUCCUGUGACUAAUACAACAAGUGGUGGAACAAACACAGAAAAUUUUAAUCCAAAUGAAAAACGUUCAUCUCGUGUGAGAAUGAGUAGUGUUGUGUCACAUGAUUCAAAUCGAAGUUCACCAUCAAUAUCAUCCGAACAUCCUGCUCGUAUGUCUUCCAAACAUACUGAUGAACUUUUAAAAAUAUUGCUAUAUUUAUUUUUAGUUUCACCACAAAUGUCAGCUGCACCAUCGACCGCUCCAGCUCCAUCUUCAUCAACUACAACAGCAACAACUAUUAUUAAUAUUGGUCCAUUGCCAAGUAUUGCUUCAACUGGAGAACGACACAUAAGUUUUGCUGUUAAUAAAGAGAAUGAUUCAAAUGGAAGUAAUCAUACGGCAAUAAAUAUGCCAGAAGAUGAUGCCGUUGUUGUGGAUGGAAAUGCUAGUAGUUUCAUGAAUGAGAGGCGAAUGUCAGUUGCUCCAAGACAAGGUGGUGGAAAAUCAAAAUUAAUUCGACGAAGUAGUAUUAAAUCACGGCGACCAUCGUUACGUAUGAAAGAUACCAAAAGUAUACGUCGUUCAUCGUAUCGUUAUCGACGUCGUAGUCAUGCAUCAAAUAUAUCAUCUGAAACUGAUCAUCAGAGCGGUGUAGGUAGUCAAAUAGAACCAUCCGAUGUUUAUAAUGUCGAUGAAGAAUUUGAUAAUGCUAAUUUUGAUGAUAUGAUCAAUACAAAACCAUUUCCGUGGAUUAAAGUUGUUAUUCGUGUAUUGAAUGAUGUUCAUUUUGGUUGUGAUCACAUGAAGUGUGUGAAAAAUUGUUAUGAAAAACAGACUGCAAGUUGUAAAAAUUUAAUACAAGCUUUAUUGAACAUGUACCGUCAAUCAUCAUCGACUGCUCAAACAACGACUUCAUCGUUUUCACGUUCAUCAUCAUCCACACAUCGUUCAAAAGAGCAUAUAUUGAAACGAGACAAUACACGAAAUGAAAUGAAAAAACGACGGUUAUCAACAUGUCUAUUUGGUGAAGGUGUUGAUUAUCAUGCAACAGCCACAACAACAAUAUCAGGUUAUAAUACUCAUGGUACAAAAACAAAUCAUGAAAUAUCAUUUGGAAAUGUAUUUGAAACAGCGGAUCCAUUAUUUGAACAACAAAUUAAUACACAUUUUACGGGAAUUGCAUCAUAUUUAGAAAAACAGGUUGGUACGUUAUCUCAAGUACCAUUGAUGAUUUUGUGCAAAUCAUCUGUACUGUUAGAAGAUGAACAUUAUGCACAAGUGUUAAAGUUUUCAUGGGAACUUUUACUUGAUAAAGAUGAAGAACUAGCUGCAUGCGCUGCCACGAUUGUCAUUUUGACAGCAGCACGUGCUGGCCAUCUAGUUGAUAAAUUGUUUCAUAAUGAAAUGGAAAAUGCAUCUGGUAUUGUUCGAUAUAAUGCCAUAUUAAAAUUUCAAACGUUAUGGCGUUUUCGUUAUCAAUUUUGGAUUCGAUUAGAAGAAGGUGCUCAUUCGAUGAUGAAGAUUUUACCACCAGGUAUUGAAUUUGUACUACCAUCACCGGCAUUAGGCAUUUUAAAUUUACACGCAGUUGAUCCACCGUGGUUACCACAUGCUAAAACUCGUGUGGAACAAGCAGCAUUAAAUCAAGAAGAAGUACGAGCGGUUGUUACAGCAAGUAAAACACGUAAAAAGCAUCAACAAGAAUUGCUACAUACGGCAUUACUAGCAGAAGAGACAAGUAAGCGUGUGGCAAGAGAAAAUUUUGCUAUGUCAAAUGUACCAAUAUUACAAUCGGCAUCGUUCGAACCACUGUUACAUCAACAAAGAGAUGAAGAUGAAGAAGUUCAUAAUGACGACGAUCGUUUUGUUGAAAGUGUUCAAAUUCGCCAAGCUCAAGGCGCCUUUCCAUCAUCAUUCAGUGUUGCCGUGUUUCUUCUCGUUGAAAUGUUGGAAGAUGAGGAAAUUGUUGAGAGCGGUGCAACUGUGUCUGAAGCUGCUCGAAAAGCAUUGUGGACAUGUUUAUUGGAUGAACCAGCCUUAUUAAUACGUUUCUUUUUCGAAAAAUUAUCACAUAAAGAGCGACGUACAAAAUCAUUGCAAUCAUUACGUCGUCUAAUGAUAUGUUUAUCUGAUAUUCCUCCACAAUUUGCUCAUGCUAUAUUCAAUUAUGUUCUUGGUCUAUUGAUGAGUAUGGUUCGUUCACCAUUAGAUGGUAGUCAAGAGUUAAUUGCCGCUGCUUUAACAUUGUUAUGGCAAAUCAUUCCCUUUUUACAUGGUCUUGUAUUGAAAGAUUUGAAACAAAUACUGCGUAAAGAGCAAGCUGAACAAAUGAUAUUGAUUACCGGAAAUAUACCGUCUACGAAAAAAGUUAUUAUACACGGCCCGGAUCUAUCACAAAUACCCACUCAAGCCAUCAUACAAGAAGAUACACAAUUUAGUGCCGUUUUACAAGAAGCUUUAGAUUUUUUUGGUAUUCAAGAAUCAAAACGUGAUCGUUAUUAUCUCAUCGAUGUUAAAACGUCACAGAUUCAUAUUCCAGAUACAUACGUACGCGAUUUUUAUUUUUUUCGACGUAAUGUUUAUCCACAAUUAUCAUUGGUGUACAUGGAACAUAAACAAGCACAAAAACAACUUGAACAUAUGUGUCUCUUCUUAAAAACAACAGAAUUAUCUAAAGUCUUAUUUGCACGUCAUCUGCUGGAAAAUACCCAGUAUAAUCAAAUACAUAAUUCUGUAACGUUUUUCCAUGAUGAACUAAUGAAAUGUCCAUUUUUUCCACGAAAACCAUUGGAAUCUGAUUAUAACUUAUACAUGAAAAUGCCUGAUAAAGAAUUAUUUAAUUUAGAUAUGUUACAUAAAUAUAAUUGGAUUAAACUCAUCUCUUGCAUGUUUUUCAAUAUGAACGGUAAAACAUCAACAACAUGGGACAUCACAUUAUUUUUAAACGUUAUUAAUGGUGCAUUCAUAUUACACUGUGAAGAUUUUGCAAUGUUAAGAUAUUCUUUAGCAACGUAUAUUAGUACAGCACGACAUUAUAAACACAUAUUUGCUACAAAUGGAUAUUUAUUAAUAAUGCCAACAUUUUUACGUGUCUAUUCGAAUAUUCAAAGUAAUCCAAUGUUAAAAAAAGCAAUUGAAUACUGUUGUAGACAAUUUUAUAUCUUACAUCGUGUACCAUUCAUAUUACAAAUGUUGGGUAGUAUAUCACAACUACUAGAUUUUGAUGAACAAGCUGAUAUAACCGAUACAAAUAAAAUACAACCAGUCGCAUUAUUUCGUUUAUUAAUUGCAUUGGAAUAUAAUCAUAGUGAUGCAUUGAGAGAUGAAUAUUCAAUAUUAGAAUUAGUUAAAGAUGAUAAACAAACAACAACUGUUACAGCUGGUAUACAAGCGCUAAGUGGUAGUGCAUUAGGUUCUGCUGGUGUAACUGGAAUCAAAACAUUGGACUUUUGCUAUGCAGAAGAUGAUUCUUUUUUUACUUUAUUAAACUGUUUUGAUGUUUGUGUUACCGUUGUUGCCUAUGCUCCUGAUUCAAUUCGGUCAUUACAAAUGUUAGGUAUUAUUGAUUUACUAUUACCACGUUAUUUAGAAUAUUUAAAAUAUCGAACAACAACAAAUGAUUCGCAAGAACAAGCACGAGACGAAAUGAAAAUAAUUGAAAAAUUAUCAGUGGCUAUUAAGACAAUGAUAACAGCAUCAGAAACAUUAACACGAACAUUUGCCGGACCAAAACAUGAAACAUUAAGUGGAACAAGUUAUAAACAUUCAAGAGGAUCAAAUAGAUCGCCAUCAAUCGUUCCUGAUGAAGAUUCAAUGAGUCGUUUUAUUGACGAUCGUAAGAAUAAAGUACAAGACGCUGAUGAACAUAAACAAGCAAGUGAAUAUCGAUGGCCACGUGAUACAUUAUUAUCUGUUAUUUCAACAUUUGUUCAUUUUUCUACAAAACGUUUAAAAGAAUUGGCAAAAUUAAUAAAUGAUCCUCAAUUACGUUUACCAGAAUUAUUAGAUGCUAAAUCUCAUACACGUUUAGCCGAUAUUGCUCAUACACUGUUAAAAUUAGGUGGCUAUGAUCCAAUAACAAUGUCAUGUCGUGGUUUACAAAAUUAUUUUCAAAAAUUAUUACCAUGUACAAAUUGGAGUCAUGAAACAUUGCGACCAGCAUUAAAUAAUUUAUUAAGACGAAUGGAUAGAAUGUUUUCAAAAAUAUGUAAAAAACCCAUGUCAAAGCGUUGUUUUGAUUGGGAGGCAACGGCAGGGAUUUUAAAUGGUAUUUAUUUAACAUUAGAUCGACAUCCCUAUAUUGCACAUUUUCCAUAUUUAAAGAUGUUAGUUUCGGAAUGUAUAGCAUUAGUAUUGAAUGAAAAUGUGAGCGAAUCAAGUCAUUCAGUGCCACGUUUUGAUACACCAGCAUUUCCAAAAGCAUUUUCACGAGCUGUUAUUAAAUUAGUUGGAAGAUAUUUACUUGCAAUUAAAAAUCAACCUAAUCUUGAAGCAUUAUCCGGUGGAAAUUGGACAUUUCCCAAUGUACCAUCGGCGAUUAAUCAUUUAUUACAUUUUCUUCUUCCAUUAAUGUUUUGGGCGGGUAGUGGUAGAAAAGAUGCACCAAAAAUACAUCCCAUUGAUUUAUCCUAUGUGAUAGGAAUAUUAAUUAAUUCAUUAAAACCAACAUCAAAAUUAGCAUCGGCCAUGGGAACGGGUGCUGGUGGAUCAGGAACUGGAGGUGGUUCGAGUGGACAAAAACAACAUUUAACGAUUGGUGAAGCAUUAUUAAGCAAUUCAUUUACACAUAAAUCAAUGAGACAAUUGAAAGAUCUUAAUCAAACGGCAUCGUUACUAGGACUAAAAAUUUUAAUUAUUGGUUUUACAAAACAAUUGAAAAAAGAAUGGCAACGUAUAGCACAAGCAAUAAAAUUAAUGUGUGGAAAACAAACCAAUAUAUCGUCAAUAUUGCUUUCAUUUAUUGAUUUUAUCGUUUCAUAUAAAACGCCAAUAUUUGUUAUACUAAGACCAUUUCUAUUUCAUUAUAUGUCAACAGUAACGUGUGAAAAUGAUCGUGAUUAUGAAUUAAUUAGUCAAAUUCAACAAAAAUUAAUAUUUGAUAAACUAACACCGUCAAAAUGUUCCGGCGAAGUUCUCAAUAGUUUAAUGUCAGAAUUGAAUCAACUCAAAGCUGAACUAACAGGAAUUCAAUUUGAAUACACGAGAGUGUUGAGUCGACAAAAUAUAGGUUUAAAAAAAAAGCGAAUAAUUUUACCUCGCCGUAGAAAACGAGAUGAUUUAUUUGUACGGCCAAUAGAAAUAGAUCAUCUCUCAUCUGUAAUAGACGAAUCUAAAACGUCAUUUCAUUAUGAUGCAAAAACAACUGAAAAAGUUCGUUUUGAUACAGAAGCAAUUGACUUGAAAGAUCGUGAUGGUGGUGGUAGUAGUUCAAGAACUGCUUUGCGAAUACGUCGUCAACAAUCAAGUGAUAGCAGUCUAAAUACAUCACCAAGAAAAAAGACGGAAAAGAUACGGAUUAAAGAAGCAUUAGACAUUUUAGAUAUUUAUCGUAGUCGUUAUCGUAUACGUUCUGGAGUGGAAGUAGCCGACAUACCAAUUAUAUCAACAACCGAUUUAACACUAAAACGAAUAUCGGGAACAAGUGAUGAUGUUGACGUUAUACAACAAGCCGUACAAAAUCAUCCUCCCGUACAUUUAUCUCGGUCUAUAACGGUCACUGGUGAUCGAAGUCCAUCCGUAGACAAGUCAAAUUUCUAUAAGAGAAGUAUGCUACAAACAAUCGGACAAGGAAAUGAGCCUAAAAUGCGAACAUUCCGAGGAUUAAAACGUGAUACAGCUCAACGGUUAACUAAAGGUCCUAUGAAACUAACCAAUUUAUCGGAAAGUGUGCCAACGAUGACGUAUGAUGCUACAAAAGAAAUGAAUGAUAUAUUUCAUCCAACAAGCAAACAUGACCAAGUUUUAUCCAACGAAGUAAUGGAUCGUCUUGUCCCGUUACUCGAACAACAUCAACAAACGGAUGCUCCACCAUCAGCAUUCAAACAACGAGUAUCUGUCGAUACAGAUGAUACGGGCAUAUUAGCAUCGCUAUUUAAUUCGGAACGUUUAUCACUUCCUCCUAUGCCAUUACAAAGUCAAAUUCCUUUAACACAAUUGAUUUUAUCACCACCUCUUUCAUCUUCAACGGUAACAACAAUACCAAACACAACUACAACAGCGGUACAACCGUCGCCUUUUAAUCGAACAGAGAUAUGGGUAUCUCGUUUACCACCGAUGCCAAAUGUAUCGGAUGCUGACUAUGAAUCACAGGUGUAA